CGGGUAUAGAUGGGUGAAUAGGAACAAGACUAGAACCAUCUAGAAGAAGCCCAUAGCAGAGACAGAAUAAAAUAGCCACGCAAUCGUCUCUCAGCCAAAGAUGUCGGGCAGUUACAAGUUCCAAAACGGCCAACUGACCCUGAGCGGUGACUCACUGUCGAAACCAAAGGUGGAGCCGUCCAUCCACCAGGACGAGACAGAUGUGGAUACAAACACAAUGGGAGGCUUGAACCCCAGCGCUGAGGACAGCACUCAAGGACAGAAGGGAACUAGAAAGGAAUAUACGAGCAAUGGAGGGCCAGGUGUUGCCAGCGGCUCUGGAAGUGGCCGAUAUGGUGGAUUAGACUAUGUCAAGUCAAAGGAUAGUGGGGAAGGUGGCGGUUAUGAUGGUGGCAGCCACUUGGGCGGAGACGAGGAAUGUGACCCUCUGAUGCCUUCAGGGAGAUCGGAUGUGGACGUUUGCUGUGGGCCUUUUCUUGGUGAUCAUCACACCUGACUCCCUUCAGUUGACCGCUGUGUUCGGACUGACCAUGGGCAUGAGUGUCCUACUUCUGGGGCCGAUCAUAGGCGAUUGGGUGGACAACACGCCCAGACUGAGAGCCGCCCAGGUGUCCCUAGUCCUGCAAAACGCACUUGUGGUCACGUGUGCAGCAGUCAUCUACUGCUACCUCAUGUUCGAAGAUGACCUGUUGGAGCAUGGGGACUGGGUGGAGUACGUGGCUUAUGCCCUCAUCAUCAUCUUCUCCUCCGCUGCCAACCUGGCUUCCAUUGCCAACACCAUCGCUGUUGAGAGAGAUUGGAUUGUAGAGAUCUGCGGGCGUAAUGAGGAUAAACUUGCCAGAGAGAUUCCUUCACGACGUCUUUCCAGCACAGCAUGACACUCUCUCGCCACACCAGCCUCAAGAUCGCAGCUACAACAACAAAGUAUGAAUACUGCCCUUACAUCAUUACAAUACUGUUUGUCGAUUUUUUCCAAACUAACACAAGUCAAAAACUACCUGAUAAUACUAUGUUCACAUUUAUGUUACAUUUACUUGAUAGGUCUGCGUCAUUGAUGAAAAGUGGGGAAGUAGAGAGCAACAUUGAUGGAAAGACUUCAAACGUCAAGAAAUCAUUUGAGGCCAGCGUAAGCACUAAGAAAGGAAAGACGUGUUCUCAAAGCUGUCGCAUCUUCUCUGGAAUCACAAUCAUCAUCGAGGGCUGGAGAACGUACGCCCGCUAUGAGGUGUGGCUCAGUGGCCUCUCUCUGGCAAUGCUGUACAUGACGGUCCUCGGCUUCGACAACGUCACUGUGGCGGCCACGAUACCCGCUGUGGACGUGAAUGCAUCGACCAUCUUGCCGCCAAUCCUGAAUACCUCUAUUCCUGAAAAUAUCGCGUGUCCGGAUGUUGAGAAUUCUCUAGUGUCCGUCAUUGUGCUUAUGGCUGGUAUCAUUGCGGCCAGAUUGGGCCUGUGGAUGGCGGAUCUGGCCAUCACCCAGAUGUUCAUGGAAACAGUUACUGAGCAAGAGCGAGGAGUGGUCAACGGUGUGCAGAACUCCCUCAACCAGACAAUGGACAUGAUCAAGUUUGGGCUGGUUGUUGGACUACCCUUAGCCCCGCAGUUUGGCCUUCUCGUCAUCCUCUCCUUUGCAUUUGUCUUUGGCGGUUGGGUCAUGUACUUAGUGUUUAUUUGUCGCCUCCCGCCAGGCUUAUUUAGUCGAGGGAAACUUGGCGCUAAAUCAGGCGGAUAUUCCAAGAUAUAAAACUGAUAGGUCGCACAGGGCUCGUUGUUGGCAGGAGUAUCAGUAGUGGAGAGGAGUGCAGUACUUCUAUGUUUGUUUUUAUCUUCUUUCUUGUCCUCCAGUAAUGCUCAACAAAGACGACCUAGGGUUUAUGUAUACGCAAAAGCUUUUCCUGUAGAUAUCUAGGCCUAUGUAUCCCCAACCUAAGGGACUGAAAAAAUAACGAUUUCUCUAAAGGUUGCAGGAAAAGCUUAACUUUAUUUCUCUGUAAAUGUCUUAAUCCUUAAAGAAUAUUAAUUAUUAUUGAAUGUUUGUAUUCUGGAGAGGUUCUUAUAUAAACGUCAUGCGUUGCAUACUUUAAGCAUGUAUCCUUAUACAACCAUGAUACUCAGUGCUUUCGUACAAAUCUUCUGACAACAUACCAUGAUUGUCCAGCCCUUACAUAAUAAUGGACCCUAGAGUAGAGGGAGAUAUUUACAUGGAUGUCUUGGGCGCCAGUAAAUUUCUUACUAACUUUGUUAUAUUGAAUGUUGUCUUUUUAUAUACUUUUACAAGCAAAUGGAGAUUAAUACUCAAUUCUGAAAAUGACAAGGAAAUCUCAGCACUUACAUUUUUUACGAACAACAUUCUGACAGCUAAAGAACGAAAUUUAUAGCAGAAACGGUCGACCUGUCCUACUGGGAAGGUAAUAGUGAGCACACAGACGUGAAUUCUUAUACUUUUCAGUCUGAUUCGUUGAAUAUGAGCAAAGAUUGUAAACCAAGAGAUGGAUCACACCUCAUACAAGAGGCACGGCGAUCCAAAUGUGGCCUUACUAAGGGCGGAGACUCCUGAUGGCACAGAUUAUUGUAUUACAAGAACAUGCUUGUGAGAAACAAAACAAAAUGGUAUAAUUGUCAUAUGGCGACGUCUUCAUUAAUGUUGCUAUAUGAAGUGACGCAUCUGGUAUUAUCAAAGUCGUAGUAAACACAGGUAACUGCCAAUCAUAGAGCUUAUCUGAUCUUAUCGCGACUUGAAAAUAGGACACUUUAUAUCAUUUUUCAAUCAAAAGACCGUUUAAUCUAAAGAAAGAAAGACAUCUGCAAUGCUUUUUAAAAAGAUAUCACAGUUUCUCAAUAUGACAAACUCUGGAAAACCAUAAACAACAAAAAGUAGAACAAUAAAUCAAAAUUGCUUUGAAUAAAUCAAUAAUAAUAUAGCAUUGUUUCCUUCGCGCAUCCGAUCUUAUCUCAUUGACAACGAUAUAUCUUUGGUGCGAGUAAUUCAAUUUAUUAACCGACUGUGUGCUCGUCAUUACAAACCAAACGAGGAAGAG